AUGUCUGCAGUCGGGGCGACCUCGAACGUAAAACUACAAACUGGCUGCCAGAAGGGAUGGCUUUUAGUCGAUGCAUGGGGAGCUAUCCAACCAGGGGUGAUCGAAUUAUAUUCGCCCGAAAUCUCUGCGGUCGAGAGGAUGUUAAUUCUCGUCCUCCGUACCUUAGUUCAGGGCUCCGUCGGUUUCCUGGUCUAUCUUGCCGGAUACUCCAUGGGUGUCAGUAAGAGGUGGGCAGAUGGCAAUAUCGGCCUUGGGUUCAAAGUCGACAAUACCAGGAGCAUCAGGUUGAAUUUUCAGAGCUAG